CGUCUAUCUCAGUGGCUCGCGAAAAUCUCUCAGGCAAGAUGGCAGCCGCUAUGGACGUCGAUACCCCAAGCGGCACAAACAGUGGAGCAAGCAAGAAACGAUUUGAAGUCAAAAAGUGGAAUGCUGUGGCACUGUGGGCAUGGGACAUCGUUGUGGACAAUUGUGCUAUCUGCCGGAAUCACAUCAUGGACCUCUGUAUAGAGUGUCAGGCCAACCAGGCCUCAGCAACAUCUGAAGAGUGCACUGUUGCCUGGGGUGUCUGCAAUCAUGCUUUCCAUUUCCACUGUAUAUCUCGCUGGCUGAAGACCAGACAGGUGUGCCCUCUCGACAACAGGGAGUGGGAGUUUCAGAAAUAUGGACACUAGGUGUAUAUUUCAGAACCUGUUUCAGCCUCACAUUCGCUGUUGCAUCCCACUACUGUCUUAGACCCUGUUAUGUCUAGUCUUUAUCCCCCAAAUUGUCCUGUUUUUAUUUUACGUUAGCUGGAAAAUUACUUUUUUGUUAAAGUUCAAUUUGCAAGUUGUUGUAAAUUAAAGAGAAAUUAAGACCAAUGCCUGUCACAA